UGUAAAUCUUUAAUAUGUGAUUUGCGAACAUUCUAUGUGGAUUGUAAUGCAGGGAAUUAGGUAUAUUAAUAAUAAGUACAGAUAAAAUAAAGUGUUAUCGGGUAAUUAAAUAAUUUAAUUGCUUAUUUAUCUCCAUCUCUUGCUGCUUGAAAAACAGCGCGGCAACUUGUUUUCAAUCAGCCGCCAUCCGCCCUGUGUUUCACCUUCCCCGCCACGAAGAUAAUAAUAAUAACAAAAUCCUCGAGCCUACAUCGGUUUGAUUCUUUCUUUGAUCCAGUUUCUCUUCAACGAUUGAAAUUGAAAUGAACUCUGAAAACAUGGGAAGCCAGAAGCCAGAAAUCUAUCAUGAGAAGCAGAAAUUGCAGUUCUGCCUUCUACACUCCCUCAAUAAUCUAUUUCAGCAAGAAAAUGCAUUUACGCGAGCAAGUUUGAAUGAAAUUGCUGAGAAACUCGUUUUCGAUGACCCUGACAAGCAUACAUGGAGGCUAUUGUCAGCUGUUUUUAAGCCUCACCAUAAUGCAUUAACGGGAAAUUAUGAUAUAAAUGUUCUUAUUGCGGCUCUGGAAGGGAAAGGGCAGAGUGUAGCAUGGCAUGAUCGUCGAAAUGAGGCAUCAUCCAUUGAUCUUGAUGACUCUGGAAAUAAUUUGAUGGGUAUUGUGAUUAAUAUUCCUGUUACACGUUAUGGUGGGCUUUGGAAGAGUAGGCAUUGGGUUACAUUGAGAAAGAUUGAUGGGAUUUGGUAUAAUUUAGACAGUGAUUUUAAAGCUCCCCAUCGUUUUAAAGAUAGCGAAGAAGUUAGGGAGUUCUUGGAUUACAUUAUUGGUGUUGGUGGAGAAGUUUUGCUUGUCAAGAAUGAUGAAGAAUGAGAUUUGUUUUCUUCUCCAUGUCAGUUGUGAAUGAGAUUCUGUUGUUUGUGUACAUACUAGCUGUUAUUAAUCAUCAAAGUUGGUAAGCAUGCGGUCUAAGCUGAUUAGAAGGACAUAUGGUUGAUUGAAGAUUUGGACCUUGAUGAUCUGCAUAACAAUUCCUCUGGCUGAUGUUGUUUAUGCUAGGAUAUUGUGUAAAAAUGAAGAAUGUUAACCUGUUCAUCUCUCACAUUUUCAACAGUUUUAGCUUGCUUGAGUUUAAAUGGAUUUUGAUUUGCUUCAUUGUUGUUCAUGUAAUAGCCAUAAGAAGGAAAGGAAAUGAACUUCGAACUGGAGGAAUAGAGUUAAAACUAUCUGUUUUUGGCA